AUGGCAGCUCCUACGACACCGAAGAUUGACGCCGCCAUCCAAGAGAUCGCUCCCCAGAAGCUCUCCGGUGUUCAACUCUACUCCAGAUUCGCCUUGGCUGGUGCAGUCUGCUGUUCAGUUACCCACGGUGCCCUCACGCCCGUCGACGUUGUUAAGACAAGAAUACAACUCGACCCCGUCAAGUUUAACAAGGGUCUGAUUGGAGGUUUCCGACAGGUCGUUCAAAGUGAGGGAGCUGGUGCUCUCUUGACCGGUUUCGGGCCCACCGCUGCUGGAUAUUUCCUCCAGGGCGCUUUCAAGUUCGGAGGUUAUGAGCUAUUCAAGCAACAAUCCAUCAAUAUUCUCGGAUAUGAGACCGCCUCCAAUAACCGCACUGCCGUCUACUUGGCCUCCUCAGCGCUUGCUGAGUUCUUCGCCGAUAUUGCCCUCUGCCCUCUUGAGGCUACCCGUAUCCGUCUCGUUUCCGAGCCAACUUAUGCCAGUGGCCUCAUUGGUGGCUUCGGCAAGAUGCUGAAGAACGAGGGUAUCGGUGCGUUCUACGCAGGCUUCGGCCCUAUCCUGUUCAAGCAGGUUCCAUAUACCAUGGCCAAGUUCGUCGUUUACGAGAAGGUCUCCGAGGCCAUCUACCAAUCAGUCGACAAGAAGACCGCCUCCGAUGGACUGCAAACCUGUAUCAACCUGGGCUCUGGUCUUAUCGCCGGUCUCGCCGCUGCUGUCGUCUCUCAGCCAGCUGACACCAUGUUGAGCAAGAUCAACAAGACCAAGGGUCUGCCAGGAGAGGGUACCACCAGCCGUUUGAUCAAGAUCGCCAAGGAGCUUGGUUUCCGUGGUUCUUACGCUGGUAUCGGUGCUCGUCUGUUCAUGGUUGGAACACUCACAGCCGGACAGUUUGCUAUCUACGGCGACGUGAAGAAGGCGCUUGGCGCAACUGGAGGCGUAGAGAUCUCGAAAUAA